AUGCCGAUUCGGGAUGUCGAGAUUGGGAAGAGAUAUGAAGGCACCGUGGAACGCGUUACGAAUUACGGCGCGUAUGUCGAUAUUGGCGCGGAGCGGCUUGGCUUUUUGCAUGUCGCUGCCAUUUGGGGAAGGCGCCCGAGGGAGACGUUGGAGCAACUAAGGAUUGGGGAAAGUGUCUGGGUCAAUGUGGAUGAUGUUGAUGAGAUUCGCUCCCAUAUCCGACUGAGAGCGAGAGGGAGGCGUCACACGGAGUUGCGGAAGGAUGGACCGCUUGGUGAACUUGCUCGCAUGGAAGGCGAUGACCAAGCGGAUGGACAAGAAGUUGUAAUUCGGCAGGCUGUCCAGCGGCCGUGGAGUGAGAGAGAUGAAGAGGAGGAUAAGGAUGGUACGGAUGAAGAGAACUAUGAGGAUGAAGACUUUGAGGAUAUGUAUGAACGGGAGAUUGAGGAUGACAUGUUCAGCGACUUGGAGCUGCUGCCAAAGGAUAUCACCAAUAUGAUUGAUGGGAAUGAUGAACAUUACGAUAUCACCCAUUUUCAGUGA